AUGUCUUCGGUCCCAAGGUCAAAGUUGCUUCGGCGGUAUACGUAUCUACCCCGGCUCUCCCAGUCCGUCUCGCGCCUCCCGUCCUCCAUCGACUUCGUGAUUUUCUGCCAUCCCAUCGUCGACGCGGAGUUCUUGGCCCAGGGUGCUGUCUUCUUCCUCUUCCUCUUCCUCACCGGUUUCUCCUUCCCCACCGGCUUCUCCUUCCCCACCGGCUUCUCCUUCUUCCUUUUCCUCACCCUCCACCAUCCCAUCGCCAACCCCCUCUCCCUCUCCCCCAACCCAAUAUCCCUCCCUCUCCCACCCCUCCACCAUCAUAUAUUCCUCUUCUUCCCGAGUCAACUUUAUCUGGAUCCCUCCCUGAACAUUGUUCUAGUGCUGCUAGUGCUGGAGGAGAAGGCGAUGCGCAUAAGGCCGGUCACACACCAACAUCGGGCGCCGCUUCCCACGUCUCGUUUCGUUCUUCCUCGGUGGGCGGGAGGAGGGAAGUGA